AUGCAGUUCAAAAUUCUCCCCGCUCUCGUUGCCAUCCUCUCGGCCUCCGCCGUUACAGCGCAGAUCUCGCCCAAGGUGGUCGUCACCAGCAUCGAAGACAUUACGGAUCUCUCCCAGGACGCCACCGACGUCGCGCAGAGCAUUACCAGCAACCCUUUUUCCCUCCCCUCUGGCUUCCUCACACUCGCAAGGAGCUUCGGCGGCAUCGUGACCACUGCCACCCAGACUGUCACUGCGCUGGAUGGAAACAUGCCCGAGGACGACUUUGAGGAAGACGACCAGUCGGCCAUCUGCACAGCACUUACGAGCUUUGUCGAGGUCCACAAGAACCUCCUCGAAAUUGUCAUCGGCAAGGCUGGCCUACUGAACAUUGUGCCCUUUGCCGGCCCACUCGUUGCCACUGUCCUCCGGGAACUGGAGAACAUUGUGGACACGCUCGCAGAGGGAAUCAUCAUGCUCGUGCCCACCUGUCAGAAGGGUGCCAAAAUGGACGUUGCCGAUCUGAAUGACACCAUCGAGAAGGCCAUCAACGCCUACAGCAACUAA